AUGGAAUCUUUGGCAACAACCAUUCGUUUCGUCACGCUGAACUGCCGAACACUAUCGAGUGAACUCCAACAAGCCGCUCUAUCCAGACUUCUGCGAUAUCUCUGUGUGCCUUUUGCUGCACUGCAGGAAACACGCAUGAGAGAUCGGCCGGUCAUCAGCAUCGAAAAUUACCCCACAUACUGCGGCGAUGCUGAUGAGAACAAAAUCGUAAGUGCUCACGCACCUACGGAAAUCGCUGAGGACACCACUAAGGACGCCUUCUAUGAUGAACACAGUGCGUUGAUGUCUAAAAUACCAAGCCAGCAGGUGAUCAUUGUCGGAAUCGACGCAAAUACGAAGAUGAAACUCGAACAGCAAUCCGAUGUGCUAGGAAAAUGGUAUAUCCAGCAGAGCGCACGUCCGACAACGAGGAAUCAUCCUCGCCAUCAGCUCACGUGGCAGGGGUCAACCCUUUUAACGCCUGAAGAGCAGCGCAAGCGGAAGAUGGGGACUCUUAAACUUCAGCUCGACUGCGUUUUGGCGAGGAACAUUCCUCAGUCAGAUAACCGAAAAUCUAGAGGUGUUUGGGACGUCGCGUUCGACUCUGACCACCAUCCAGUUCUUCUCAGCUUCAAGAUACGGUUCCACAAGGGAAACCGAAGAGUUCCUCUUCAACCGAAAAUCGACAUAGCAGGUCUGAAAGACGAUGAAUGCAGAAGAAAAUUCCGCCAACAUGUGUCUAUUCAUGUUGGAGUACGGACCAGGAAGAAGCUUAGCGACGCGGAUUCCUUCACAAAGUGCAUCCAGGACGCUGCAAGGGAAACGCUCCCGGUUCCAUUGCAACGGAAGAAGUUUGCGUUUGCAUCUGCGGAAACAAAAUCCACAUACAAUUCUGUAUGUGUCGCGCGCAGCGCUGGUGACUUCAACCAGGAAAAGCGUCUUAGAAGGAAGCUGCGUCGUCAACUGCAACAAGACCGCGAUAACGAGUGGACGUCAAGAGCGAUGGAGUUUGAGAAGGUGUGGGAGGACAGGAACCCGCUGAAAGCCUAUACUCUACUAAAACAGUAUAGUGGCAAAAUGGAAAGAUGUUCCCCUGUUCCCAAAGAUCAUCCUUUCAAUAUGGAUAGACGAAAGGAUACCGGACUCGUGGAGACACGCUAUCAUAAUUCCCUCCACAAAAAGUUAUCCGUCACAGACCCCAGGAAUUAUCGAGGAAUCUCUUUGCUGCGUGUUAUGUACAAGGUGUUCAUCGUCAGGAAAGUGAUCGAAAUCUGGCAGCGGUAUUCGAAGCCAAUGCAACUAGCGUUUCUGGACUUUGAAGCCGCGUUCGACUCUCCCCACCGAGGUCGUCUUCUCAACGCGCUGAGCGCCGAUGGAGUACCAGGAAAGUUCGUUCGCUUGCUUGAUGACAUGAAUCAACGAACAACUGCUGCAGUUCGAACACAGGCCGGAUGUACAACACCGUUUGAAGUGGUAAGUGGAGUAAGACAAGGGGCAGUGGCAGGACUUUUCCUGUUCAAUUUCGCAAUCGACGACAUUAUGCGAAGAACAGUCGACCAGUGUCCUGCCGACAUUGUCUUAGAACCAUCUGGGUGCUCCUUGACUGACCUCGAGUACGCCGACGAAGUUGUUAUAUUCGCGGAAAGCAGUACGAAACUUCAACAUGUUGUCAACCUUGUAUCGAAGCUGGUUGCAGCCUAUGGACUACGCCUACGCCCUGAUAAAUGCAAUCAGAUGUGGAUCUCUUCGAGACCACGAACGGGAAUCAGGGUGGACGGACAACCGAUAGAACUCGUCGAUGAGUUCUGUUACCUAGGCUCUACGCUGAAGAACAAUGGCAGCUACGAGAGAGAUGUUCAGCAAAGAUGCGCUAAGGCCACUUCUGCAUUUAACUCCUUAACGAAAUGCCUGUGGUCGACCCCCAUUACCAACGAAUUCAAGCUAUCCGCAAUUCGCCCCAUCAUGAUGUACGGAUCAGAGACUUCGGCAGCACCAUCAGCGGUUAUGGAGAGGCUUGACUGCACGGAACGGAAGCUACUUAGACGGCUACUUGGCUACUUUUGGCCUAGGGUAUGUCACAAUGAAGAUCUUUACGCAGAAUUUGAUGUGGUAUACCGGCGGAUGACACGUGGAAGAUAUCAACAUCUUGUACCGCCAUCGAAAGUGGCUAAAGUAAAUCGUCUUCGCUUCUUUGAUCAUAUAUUAAGGAGACCGGCAGAUCGCCUUGUUCAACGAGUUCUGAGGAGUUCGCCGUAUUCGAGCUGGAAGAAGUCACCUGGCCGAAAACGGAAGUUCUGGACUGAGGCGGUGAAAGAGGACCUGAGGACACUCGGCGUGGAUAGGCAGUUCAGGCGAGACGUAAGGUUUCGCAGAAUAUGA